AUGUAUGUCGGGAGCAUUCUUGAUGGGAGAAAUGAUUACUGCCCUCUCUCAGAGGACAGUGUUUGUACUAAGAGCACAGCCUUAAAGGAUGUGACAGUUGCAGUGAUUAUACUCUUAGAGAUUCUCCUAGGAGCACUGGGAAAUUUCUCUCUUCUUUGCCAUUACUUACUCCUUAACUGCACUGAAGCCCGGGUGAGAACCACAGACUUGAUUCUCAUGCACAUGACUAUGUCCAACUUUUUGCUCAUUGCCUCACAAGGAGUGCCCCAGGCACUGGCAAUUUUUGGGCUCAAAUAUUUCUUCACUGAAUUGGGAUGUGAUCUUCUUUUGUAUGUUCUGAGAGUGGGCAGGGGCAUGUCCAUUGGCACCACCUGCCUUUUGAGUGUCUUCCAGGCCAUUAUGAUCAGCCCCAUGAACUCCUGCUGGAAGGAUCUGAAAGCCAAAGCUCCCCAGUAUGUCACAAGUUCCAUUGCCUUGUGCUGGAUUUAUUAUAUGACAGCUAAUCUUUUUUUUCCUCUGCACAUAUUUUAUGUAUCUAAUAAAUGGAACAUGAAAAACAUCACAAAGAGAGUAGAUUUUGGAUUCUGUAGUAGUACUGAUGUUGAGAAUGUCUCUGGAGCAGCCUAUUCAGCAUUAAUUGUGUUCCCUGAAGUUGUGUGUUCUGUGCUCAUAGUCUGGACCAGUGGCUCUAUGAUUCUCUUCCUGUACAGGCACAAGCAAAGACUCCAACACAUUCAUAGCAGUCAAGUUUCUUCCAGAUCUUCAGCUGGGUCCAGAGCCACCCAAAGAAUCCUUGUUCUGGUGAGCGCCUUUGUGUGUUUUCACACGAUGACCUCCAUCCUUUAUAUGUGUUUGCAUCUAGUUGAUUAUGAUGCAUUGUUGGUUAAUAUUGCAAAUAUCAUAUCUGCGUGUUUUCCUGCUGUGAGCCCCUUUCUGGUUAAAAAACGUGUUUCCAUGGUAUUCAGGGUUUCAUUUGCACUGUUAAUAUAA